CAAGUGGCUGAGGCUAAGGACUGCAAUUCCAUCCAGCCUAGUUCAUUUCAGUCAUCCGCUCAGCGCACAGACGGAACAAGGAGAGCAAUUUCAGCGCUGCGUAUUUGUCAAAGCCCCCCCAAAAGCCUAAAGUUAAAAAAAAAGAAACAAAGAAAGAACAGAAAAAAUGGUAAAGUACAUGAGACAUCACAGCGAGCUGAAACCCGAAGAGGUCAUGUCGGAGUCUGAUGCGUCCAUGGACCAGCAGGAUUUCGGAGAGAUGUCCGACUAUUCUUUCAGCGACGUUAUAUACUCCAAAUGUUCCGCAAUGGACCAAAUCGGCACUUUUAUGAAGAACGUGCAAGUGCUGCUCGAUGCAGCCAAUUACAUUGAAAACAUUGAGAAGAACAACGGAAAAUGUGAGCACGGGUAUGCUUCAACAUACCCCGCAACCCAGAUUUCACUUCAACAGAAACAACGCAAAUUGAAGAACAGGAAACUGGACAAUAUUCACAAUAGGUCGGCACACAAUGAACUGGAAAAGAACAGGCGAGCACAUCUUCGUCUGUGCUUGGAGAGGUUGAAGUCCCUCAUUCCUCUGGGACCAGACUGCAGUCGGCAUACCACUCUGGGACUGCUCAACAAGGCCAAAGCACAUAUCAAGAAACUUGAAGAGAUAGACCGGAGGAGUCAGCACCAGCUGGAGACCUUAGAGAGGGAGCAAAGGCACCUGCAGAGGCAGCUAGCUCUGCUGCAGACCCACGGAGAGUGGGAGCGCGUUCGUACGGACAGCCUGGGUUCCCGCAUGGACUCUGAUCGCUCAGAGUCUGACAGAGAGGAAAUUGAAGUUGAUGUGGAAAGCACUGAGUUCUCCCAUGGAGAAAUGGACAGUGUAAGCACCAGUGGUGCAAGCGACCUGGAUGACCAUAGCAGCCGACAGAGCUCCGCCAGUGAUGAGGGCUACUCCACUUGCAGCCUGAAACUGGCCUUUUCUGCUUAAAGCACCAGCCUAUACUUUCAUUAAGCUGCAGUCUUUUAUGGCUUUUACCUGUCAAAGUACCAGCCUACAGCUCCAGUCUCCCUUACCGUUUAGCUAAUCUGUCAUCAGAAGAACCAGCCCCUAUCCUAUCUUUACCUGACAAAUGAAACAUCUCCACCCAAGAACCAGCCUUAAGUUCAGCUCAAGUCUGAAAGUCUAAAAACAGUCUCCUUCCAAAAGCCAAGCGGCUCCAAUUUACACGACCACAAAUCUCCAGCAAUAUACGGUUUCCUUACUUUAAAAGAUGACUUAACCAAUCACCCAAAUGUCCCUUUACCCAUUACCAGCUUGAAGCCGCCAUACCUGCACUUGAUAGUGAUCCUUUAGAGGACCCAUGAAUGCACCUGUGUCAAACACUAAAGGCUAAACUGUACCUUUAGUGAAGUUGAUCCUCAGAAACCAGCAAAACAGACAAAAAAAAUCCCAAAUACCAGCUAGAAACUCACCAUUGGGAACGUUCGCUCCAUUGCCUUGUAAAAACAAAAAAAAACAUGGCCCUUUUUCUUUGGAUAAUGUAUCCAGAUAGCACUUCUUGUCAGUGUCCAAGUCAGAGGAAAGGGCUAAAAUGUCUGCAUUCCAAAAAGGUUUAUCAUACUUCUAUAACCUCUGCUUUAGGACCCACAAACAUCAUCGAUCCAUGUGGCGUCCCUCUUCUUAAGUGACAUACAGUCAGAUACAGACAGGUGGUGCAGUCCACCCUUGUUAUUCUAAUUUAUUUUGCAUAUAAUAUUUAUUUUUGGUAUAUUUAAUUGUACUGUAGCUAGGUCUUGGUCAUGCUUGAAUGGGAAAAAAAACCCUUGCUGAUAAAUUCUUUUAUUAUUUUCUGUUUCUAAAUGUUUACCAAACUUACAUGAUGUAAAAUCCCCACUGAAGCAGUGCUAGGAGUUUAAUGCAUUACUCGAAAUGCUUUCACACUGUGCGUGAAUUAAAAUUUUUUAGACAGUAAUAAGCUAUCCCGCACUUGUCCAAGCACAAAGCUCAAGCAAUAAUGCCUCUAGUUUUAAUAGAUCUUCAGUGUUGGCUGGGUUUAGCACAUUAUUCUGUCCGUCCAACUCCAAAUUAUAGUUUUCCACUUGCUCCAGCGGUAGUACCAGCUAUUCAUAAUCAACAGUGAAAUGAUUGUAAUGGACUCGAAACGCUAUGGUGCAUGUGUAUUUGAAUGUAGCCUUUCUAAUCAUGUUGUAAUGUGCUUUUGAUUGAGUCUUAAAACCAUGUGUGUAGCAUGAACCACAUAAACACCACAGAUUUUGGUUUGUACUUCAUUGUUUAACUUUUUCGUUUGUAUCGUAGCAGAAAAAGCUAAAAUCCUUGAAAUCUGGAGACUUGAUAAUUUGAUGUGUAUUUGACGCAAAGAAUUGCACUGCUGAGCUAUUCAAAUCCAUGAAACCAAAUGAGACCAUUUAUCUGCUUUCUUCUGAUCCAGUUUCUAAGUAGAUCACCACCAAAUUGUGUCUUAAAGUGGGUAUAUGACUCUUGCACCUGUAACCCCCAACGUGUUUGGGAAACUAUAAAAUGCACUAUGAAAAUGACUUUUGUUAAGGAAGUACGUUGAAGCACACCCCCAGAAUGUUUUUCUUGUGCUUAAUCAGCCAUCCAAGGUGACUUUUUUGCAAAACAUGUGCUGCUGGUCCCCUGCUUUGUUACAGUUCCUGAUAACUACCCUUGAAAUCUUAAUAAACCUCUACACAGAAAAA